AUGGGACUUGCAUCAUAUCCUUUGAAAUAUCUAGCCAGGAAGGUCUUUGGAGAUGUGGAAAUAGGCAGCGCUUUUGAAGAUCCAUUCUUUGAAGAAGUUGAGUUUGAAAAACGUUCUUUCUGGUCUGGAAGUUCCAAAAUCGUCAAAAAACGCCGCGACAAAAGCAUUCCAGAUUCAAUCCCUCAGGCUGAUGGUAAAAUUCUACGCCGUGUGCGCAAGAGAGCAUAUAGUCUGGACAUGAAGUUCCAUAUCUUUGGCAUAAGAUUCGGGUGGUUAGGUGUGAUUGGGAUAUUACCCGUUGUCGGUGAUAUCCUGGUGCUCUGGUUGUCGCUACAGGUGUAUAAGGAAGCGAUGAAGAUCAACGGCGGGCUUCCGCCCACAGUGUCCGCACAAAUGAUCACCAAUAUAGCCGUGGAUUUCGGGCUUGGUCUAGUUCCGAUUGUGGGUGAUUUGGUCUCGGUAUGCUACAAAGCCAAUUCAAGAAAUGUGUUGGUCUUAGAAAAGCACCUAAAAAGCAAGUACAACAGAUUGGCAGCGCCCGUAACGUCAACGAAACGAACGCCGGUAAUGCAAUGA